AUGCAAAUUGCUAGGCGACAGCUCAUCUCGCCCGACGGUUCCCGGCCUCACCCACUUCAAUCACCCGCUUCAGUCACACACGCAUCAUCCGAUAUUCCAUCUACGAGUGAAGGCGGUCCCCAUCGCCGCCGCAGAGUCUUCCACAUCCUUCAUCUUACAUGUCGACUUUCCGCCAUGACGUUUCACGAUCUUUCCUACAYCGACUGCGCUGUCCUCAUCAUCGCCUACAUGAUCUCUCCAGGGCUAUACGAGGAGGAAAUUGACUUUGAGUUUCUUGCUCUGUUGACGGUCGAGUCAGCAAAGUGGCGAAGUCGCUGCUUUCCAAAUCCCAGCACUGAAGCGGAGCGAUUGUUUGACAGCGGUACAGACAAGCUAGACGACAAUGGUCUCGUGGCCAUUCGCGACCUCACCCACGCGGAGUCACAAGCCAUCGUGGCCGGGACAUACAUUGGCGCACGCAAGCCUAUUCCACGCUGA